GGCGCCGCGAGGACCAUCUACAACGGUUCGUAUGUUGUUUUUCAUGAGUUGUCGGGUGUCUCUGUCACUCAUACGGCUAGCCUUACCCCGCAAUCCGACUCCACUACCGAAGCCCGCGUCUUCGAUUCUUAGAGCAAGCACACCUCUAGUCCGCAGUUUCCAUUCGGUUUCCAGUGUAUCGACAUUAUACAACAUGCCCGAACGGAGGCCCUUCGUGCGGUUGCCCACUGACGUCUACCCCGUCAACUACGGGCUGCGCCUGAAGCCUGACCUCAUCGACUUCACUUUCGAGGGCAAACUGGAGGCAGCCGUGGAGGUUACACAACAGACAAACCAGAUUGUGAUGAACUGUGCUGACAUAGACAUUAUUACUGCUUCUUUUGUGCCUGAAGGUGGGGAAGAAAUUAACGCUACAGGAUUUAACUAUCAGAAUGAGGAUGAAAAGGUCACCCUGUGUUUCCCCAGCACUCUGCAGAAUGGGUCAGGAUCAUUGAAAAUAGACUUUGUCGGAGAGCUGAAUGACAAAAUGAAAGGUUUCUAUAGGAGUAAAUAUGCAACCGCUUCGGGAGAAAUACGCUAUGCGGCUGUCACCCAGUUUGAGGCCACGGAUGCACGCAGAGCUUUCCCUUGCUGGGAUGAACCAGCAAUCAAAGCCACUUUUGACAUCACCCUCAUCGUUCCUAAGGACAGAGUAGCCUUGUCGAAUAUGAAUGCUGUCGAUCGAAAGCCAUAUCCAGAGGAUAACAGUCUGGUGGAGGUGAAGUUUGCCACUACACCCAUCAUGUCCACCUACCUGGUGGCAUUCGUCAUUGGCGAGUAUGACUUUGUGGAGAGUCAGUCAUCAGAUGGUGUGACAGUCCGUGUCUACACACCUGUCGGAAAGGCAGAGCAAGGGAAAUUUGCACUGGAGGUUGCUACAAAAACACUUCCAUUCUACAAAGAUUACUUCAAUGUUCCUUAUCCGUUGCCUAAAAUUGAUCUAAUUGCUAUUGCUGAUUUUGCUGCAGGUGCCAUGGAAAACUGGGGCCUUGUAACUUACAGGGAGACAGCUCUGCUGAUUGACCCUAAGAACUCGUGUGCAUCAUCCCGGCAGUGGGUUGCCCUGGUAGUCGGCCAUGAACUGGCACAUCAGUGGUUCGGGAACCUGGUUACCAUGGAAUGGUGGACUCAUUUGUGGCUUAACGAAGGCUUCGCGUCAUGGAUUGAGUACCUCUGUGUGGACCACUGUUUCCCUGAGUACGACAUCUGGACCCAGUUUGUAUCUGCAGACUACACCAGGGCUCUGGACCUGGAUGCGCUAGAUAACAGCCACCCUAUUGAGGUUGAUGUCGGACACCCUUCAGAAGUAGAUGAAAUAUUUGAUGCCAUAUCAUACAGCAAAGGGGCCUCUGUCAUUCGCAUGCUGCAUAACUACAUUGGCGAUGAGGAUUUUAGAAAGGGGAUGAAUGCUUACCUGUUGAAGUUUCAGCACAAAAAUGCAUCUACUGAGGACCUAUGGAAAUGUUUGGAGCAGGCCAGUGGAAAGCCUAUUGCAGCAGUGAUGAAUUCCUGGACCAAACAAAUGGGCUUUCCUAUUAUAGUAGUGGAUCAAGAGCAGCAUGGCAAUGAAUGUGUGCUGAAAAUCUCCCAGAAGAAGUUCUGUGCAAGCGGACCACACAAUGGUGAGGACUGCCCCAGUUGGAUGGUUCCUAUCAGUAUCUGUACCAGUGAGGACCCGGGCUGCACCAAGAUGAAGGUUCUGUUGGACCAGCCUGAAACCACAAUUACCAUCCCCAAUGUCGCACCUGACCAUUGGAUCAAGAUUAAUCCAGGUACAGUAGGAUUCUACAGGAUCCAGUACAGCUCAGCCAUGCUGGAGUGUCUGUUGCCCGGUAUCCGAGACCUCACACUGCUUCCUGUGGACCGCCUGGGUCUGCAGAAUGAUCUUUUCUCCUUGGCUCGAGCAGGUAUGAUCAGUACUGUGGAGGUGUUAAAGCUGAUGGAAGCAUUUGUGAAUGAGCCAAACUACACGGUUUGGAGUGACCUGAGCUGUAAUCUGGGUGUUCUGUCCUCUCUGCUCUCACACACCGACUAUCAUGAGGACAUCCAGGAGUUCAUCCGAGAUCUUUUCACCCCUAUUGGACUGAAGUUAGGCUGGGACAGCAAGCCUGGAGAGGGACAUUUGGAUGCCCUGCUGCGAGGUCUAGUGCUGGGAAAACUGGGUAAAGCGGGGCAUAAGGCCACACUGGAAGAGGCACGGCGGAGAUUCAAAGAGCAUGUGGAGGGUAAAAAGAUUCUAUCUGCAGACCUCAGGAGUCCAGUGUACCUAACAGUUCUAAAGCACGGAGACAGCACAACGCUUGACACCAUGCUUAAGCUUCAUAAGCAGGCAGACAUGCAGGAGGAGAAGAACCGUAUCGAGCGAGUGCUGGGAGCCAUCCCUGCCCCUGACCUCAUCCAGAGAGUGCUUAACUUCGCCCUGUCGGAAGAAGUUCGUCCUCAGGACACAGUGUCUGUAAUUGGGGGCGUCGCUGGAAGCAGCAAACAGGGCCGCAAAGCUGCAUGGAAAUUUGUGAAGGACAACUGGGAAGAGCUUCAUAAUCGUUAUCAGGGCGGCUUCCUUAUAUCAAGACUUAUCAAGCUCACAGUGGAUGGCUUUGCUAUAGAUAAAAUGGCUGCUGAGGUUAAGAGUUUUUUUGAAAGUCAUCAUGCUCCAGCCGCCGAGCGCACUGUACAGCAGUGCUGUGAGAACAUUCUCUUGAACGCUGUCUGGCUCAAGAGGGAUGCAGACGACAUCCACCAGUACCUGCUGCAGCGGAAAGCACCACCUGUCUGACCUCUGAACUUUGACCCCUUCCUGACCUGCUCACUCACUCCAAAAUGAGCGUCAUCUGGCUAUCUUCAGCAAAACAGAAAUGAAUACAAAACUGCAAUUUCAUCUUAAGAAUAACACAAGAGAUAAAGAGACACUAUGAAGCAAGACUGGUAUUCACUCUUUGAGUGUGGUGUAGUUCCACAUUCUGCCAGUGGGAGGCACAAGAGCACCCGUACAGAGCUGUGACUGAAAUGGAAGAGAUUCUCCAUAUCAUAUUUUAUGGGCUGGUAAUGCAUGUACACACUUUGUUCCCUCAGUACUCCUCACACACAGUGGUAUUAUAAGUUUAUCAUGAAAUGUCUUUCGACCUUUCCAUUCAACAAUAGAAAUGUCAAGCAUGAUGGUUUUUUUUUCUGUAAAAACAUUAUCUCCUCCUUCAGUUUUAUUAAUAAUGGCUAUAUAUACAUUUUAUCCCGAAUCCUCUGCAGUUUGACUGGGCAGAAUGGGGGUUAAAGGUUGGGAUACACUGGUAACAGAAUGGACUCAAUUGUAAUGGCUCUGAAUACCUUCGUUAGUAAUGGUUUGGAAAGAAGAAGCAUAAGCAUGGUACUGUGUGUAUAUUGUAUACUGCGAGCAUUUGUUCUGAGACCUUCAGUUAAUCUGAAAUGUGAUUAUAUAUACAUGCAUAUGAUCUCUGAUCUUUGCCCUUGUCUCCUGUACUUAAAUAUCACCUGUUCUGCAGCAUAUUUCCAGUGGUUCAUCCAGUAAUUGCCGAAAAAUAUAAUAGAAUGGAAAGCUAAAUUACACAAAAAGGCUUCAAUGUCAUUAGCAUGUCAUAAUAAUGCAAAGCUGUUUAGACAUUUUAUAAGAUGUAUUUAAUGAUUUUAUUGUUGUGGAAAUCACACUUGAAUGGCUUUCAGGUUGAAUCUAAUCUGGGCCCACAGAAAAAUUAUUUAACCUGGUAUCAAACUAAGAGGCCUUAAAUUGUUUAACCUGUUUUGCAUAAGUGAUUGUUCAAUGGCAUGGUAACUGUUGAUGAGAUGCACCGGGCUGGCUCGUUAUGUGAGAUCAUGAUCAUCAAAUUUUGUCUCUGAAUCUUUCCCUGAAAUGUGGUUUUGUUUAAAAAAAAUUAAAUUGAUGUUCAUUAAAGAAGAUGAGAAAAAGAUGGACAAAAAGUAUAGUGUGAGAAAAGUAUGUUUGAUUUGUAUUCAUGAUUGUUCAUGCUCCAUUACAUAUUUGUGAAGAUUUUUUUAAACUAGUCAAUUGAACGUUUCCCAGAAAUGCAAAUUGUGCC